AUGCCAAAUGAGCAGAUCCACAGUGGCCAUUUUAUGACAUCAAAUCCACAUUCGGAUAAACUGGAUGAUGAAGAUGAAGAUGUGGAAGUAAGUGAAGGUUCAUAUGUUUAUUUUGCUUUUAGGUAGAUGUUGUUGAUGUGGACGACAACGAGAAUGAGCCAGAGGUGCCGCGAAUAAGUAAAACAAGUUUGCAGGAGACCAGGAGUAAGGUAUGUUGUUUUAGAUGAGUUACAGAUUUUAGGUAUAAGAUCAUUAAGGUUUUUAGUGUGUAAUUUUGAAGAGCUAAGUAAAUAUUUACUCAAGAAUACAUUAUUCUAAUGAACCUUCGUAUAUUAUUUUGUAGUCAGGUUCUUUCGCCUAUUUACGAACGUCAGGUAUAAUUAUAACAUUUCAGGUCUUUCGUAUAAAGAACGACGAAAAUCCAGUUACUUUUUACAAAUUUGGUCCAGAAAAACAACAAUCAAUUGCUAUAGAUGUCUCUUUGAACAAACUUCACAAAUGUAUCAAGAUCGCUUACAUGAAAAUGACAACGCCGAAAUGGAAAGACUUCAAAGGUCUGAAGCUACAAUGGAAACACAGAAUCCGACUGAAUAAUGUCAUCUGGAGGGCGUAUUAUAUGGAAUGUAAGUAUUUAUAGAUAACCCUUUCUUGGUAAAAUUAUUGUAUCAUACUUUUUGCUAAUUUUUAGGUAACACUUACUGUAAUAUCGUUACGUAUUUAAAUGGUUUAGGUUAUUUUAAAACAAUAAGCUUACUUUAUUAAUAAAAACAGAACAUUUUAGUUAGGAAGCCGAAUCAUCGCCGCAAGAAGACGCCUUAUUGUUACUUUGCCGUUCCUGAUGAAGAUACGACGCAUCAGAAGAUUGAAGUAAGUUCAUUAAAGUUAGGAUUUAUUGCUUUAGGGCACGGUACUUGAAGGUAUGUACUGGAAACGUCGAAUGGAAGCUGUUUGUGCGCAAUAUAAACGGUGGCGAAACUACAAUCGACCGCACAAGACUGUCAAAAAGAAUUGUUGUCCGAAACCAGUGAGUAUUUUUGGUUUUUGUUUGGUCAUUUUAGAUAUUAAUUAUAGCCUUAUGGGUUUAGACAAUGCUAUUGAGUAGCAAUUGUAGAUUUCUAUAUGUACAGUUAUUAGAAAAAGCUUAGUAUCACAAGUUUAGGUAACAAUUUACUAUUUUUUUAGGAAAAUGGAUCUUGUGAAUGUAAACCAAACCAAGGAAUACAAAGGCCGAUGCAAAGUCAAACUCCGAAUGUCAUUUACAAUACCAACAAUGACUACUUUGAUGACGAUGAGUUUGAAAAUGAGUUCACUAACGAGUUGUUCAACAAGUUGGGUCAACCGUUUUUGUUCCCUAAUCCACGAGAAAUGGGUAAGAUCAUUUUUCAUGUUAUGUUACUCAAACCUUUAACAAAUGUGGUAAAUUAGAACAAUUUUAUAUUCAUUGUGUGUAUACUUUUUCAAAUUUUGUUACCUAAAAUAAGUUUAAAACCCAUUAUAGGGUCAAACAUGAACUCGGAUUUCAUGCAGCCAGGACUUUUUGCUCUACAGCCCAGCUUGGAAGAGAUUAUGAGUGAGUUGACUUCACGUUUUAGCUACAACAAUGUGACAUAGCACCUGUUAUUUCAUAUUCAUUUUAGUCGGUGAACAUGAGCCAGAGCAACCAGAUGUAGACAUGAUAGAGCCGAGUAUAUCUACUAUAAACAACGCUGCCUCUUCUCACUCAAACGGUUACGGUAACCAGUUCAGGUCGAUAUCAGGGAUGAGCUCUCCAAUCAACUCCGAUAUGGAUUCGAAGCUACAACAACAUUACAAGCAACCCUACACUUCUAGUUACACCCAGAUCCAGCCCACACGACAGUCGUCUGUCCCCAUGCAAGGUAUCAUGAAUGCCCAUAUGAGUCAGCCUCUGUACUCCCAAGCCGUCUACGAGAACAAGAUUCUGAAUUCGAAUGUCGACUCCCCAGUGUCGUCAGUCAUCAGUCGCGACAAGUUGUCCAACAACUCUGCCAACUUCACGCCAACAACGUCGCUGACGAGUCUCGACUACAUUCCCCAGUUUUCAGCCAUGAAUCAGAACUUCUCGGUAAUCAACCAUCAGAACAGCGCUCACGGUCUGAAAGGAUUUGUCAUGGAACAGCCCAGUCCGCAAUUCAUCUCGGCCCCAGCAUGGUGGAUGCAGAAUCAGAUACAGCAACAACAGGUAGGAAUACUUUUUUAUAUUAUAGUAGUUCAAAUCAAGAUUGUUUAUUUAUUGUUUUAGGUACUUCGGAAUCCGCACGAUCCUCACUUCCAGAACGUUCUUCUGAAUCUGAAUAACCCGCCAAUGCAACCGCAACAAAACUUUAAUUUGAUACCUGUGACACAACCUUUCCCUCAAGUGAAGCCAGAGCAUGAAAUUAUGAGUAAUAUAACACAAAAUAAUGUAAGUCAAUGUAGUAUUGUGUUUAUUAUUUUUGAAAUUAUUACUUUUGGCUACACAUAGUGUGUGUAUUGUAAUAAUCUUACCUAAUUUCAGCCGUUGAUAUCUGCUAACGAAAGCAUGAAUGCGCCUCAACCACCCCGUAUCGCAGCUGGUCCCAGUAGUACCGACCUGUCGCAUUACCUUCCUCACAAUGAAUCGGCCGCUCCUUCCGCUUCUUUGGCCUCAAUGUUGUCAUCUAAACCACGGAACGACCAAAGAGGCUUCCCACAGAAUCGAAACAUUCCACCGGUUCCAGCUGUCAAAGAGAAACCGACAAAGAAAGAUUUCAUGAACGAGUUCGAAGACCUGGCUAGUACAGCGAUUGGCCUCAAGGUAAGAAUUUAAAUAUACAUCAUAUAUCCUUACAACAGUUGAUAAAAAUGGAUUGAGAGUUAAAUUGACAUUAAAAAUGACUAAACUGAACCAUAUUUUAGAAAAGAGGAGUAGCAAGACUAGCGGUACCAGAAGUUGCUACUUCAAGUGAUCCAACUUCAACUCAGUCUUCUCCAGCACCACAAAGAGCUAGACUAAACCAACGAAAAGGCAGAGCUCGAGGAAACAACCAAAUGUCAUCACAACCGGCUUCGGUACAGUCAUUCGGACCUGACAGUAUAAUGUCACCAGAAAGCACACCAACCACAGAAGGAUUCCAGAGUGACGGAAGUGGGGAAGACAAGAUGCCAGCAAAGAGUAAGUUAUCAUUGUAAAAAUGACAUCGUUAGUCACUUUGUUUAUCUAAAGAAUUUGGUACCUAAACUUACGGUAUAUUGUCUAAAAUUAUAACAUGUAUUGUUUUAGGAAGAAGAAAGUACAAUCAGAGUUGUUCGGAAGCAGCCGACAGUACUUUAAAUCCUGAGGAGAGGAAACGACUUCUGCAUCUGAAUGCUGAGAAGAACAGGAGAGAAGCUCUGAAAGACGGGUUCGACGCUUUAGUAUCAGCGAUUCCGGUGAUAGAUGAAGCCGGCAUUAAAGUCACAAAUGCCGUAGUGUUAAACAGAGCGGGUCAACACAUCAGGAACCUGAAGCAGAAGCUGUCCAACGCUACACGAGCGCUGGACGAUGCUGAACGGAGGAAUGAGUCGCUUCAGAAAAGAGUUUUGUAAGCAUUUUAAAACUUUAAAUUAAAGUUUUUGAAAUAGUAUGUUUUGACUUUUUAUGCUUAUAGAGUUGUGCAAUCAUCAUUACCGUCAACUGUAGCACAAUCUUUGGGAUCAAAGGAUUCAGAUGCCAUGAGGAACGAAAUGCAACAAUUCGUGGAGCGAUACAUUAAAGACCGGUCGAAAGAAGACAGUCGGUUCUAUGUGGUAAGUACUGUAAUUUAAACAUCCUUACUGUAGUUAAGAAAUACAGUACCAUUCUUUAAUUAAAAUAUUUUGAAAAAAUAAUGUUCAGAUGAGCCAGAUGCUGAAGCCUAUGAUCGACGCCUUCACGCAGAAAGCCCACACAGGAUCGUCGAAGACCGAGAUGAGGGAAUCCAUCAGGAAUUGGGGCGAGGAGAGCUUCCGCGUCUCCAUGAUUCGCCCUCUGGCGUCGCAGACCUUGAUCAAGAUAGCGGCCGAGACCAAUCUGAUGAUGGACGGCCGAAAACAACCCCUAGCCGAUUAUAUUUCUAGCCAAGUGGACAAACUAGGACAGUACAAGGACCUUUAG